AUGGGUUUCAGCACUUCUUCCAAGGAGAUCUCUCUCCGACGCAUCCCGAACGCCCAUAGAGGCAAUCCUAUAACUAAUCUGUGCGCUUAUUGCAGAAGGGAUAAUGGGACAUGGUGGUACAGUGAAAUUACCCUCGACUGGAAGAUGAGCUAUGACCUUGAAUCAUAUCGCCUUCGCUUGGACUCCGGGCCGAUAGACCUAGUGGUGCGCGAAGCUUCGAACCAAGGGUGGCUCACUCCAUGCAUGGCUGAUAUUUCCCUCACUGCUGGAGGGUCCGUGUUGGUCUGCGAGCCGAAGUUAGGCCACAAACUUGCGCUGGCUCUGGACAUGUUUUUCCAUAAUGACAACGGCAAGUUAAUAUAUCAAAUGCCGCCCCAGAAUGUCCGGUCUCGUUUGCUUCAUUUUCGAGUCAGCGAAGGCGGUGUCCUCAGUGGUUUUGCUCUUACCGUUCACGGUACACUUCAACACACGACGCUAGAUCUGAAUGAGCAUCUCGCGAAUCAAAAUGGGUGCAUUGUGCGGAAAAGAAAUGGCAAUUUCAGUUGGACUGCUAGGGACUUAUACCUUGAUGAUGAUUGGGUAUUCAAUCUCAGUUUACAGUACGAAAACCACACCUGGAACAAUAAUAUACAAUGCUGGGAGCUAUUGGAAGAUGCUGGUAUAUGGGACUUGCGGGGACCCUUUUUCAGGGCUUUGGAAGAAAUUCCAGUGAUAGGCUAUAUAGUUGCCGGUAUUGAUGCCAUCAAUGGUGACACUGACGAGGCCAUCCGCGCUGCUGCCGAAUGCACCUACGGAACUAUUGUGCUAGGCGUUGGGUUUGUUGCUGCCAUUUUUUUCGGGCCUGUUGGAGUGGGAAUCGCAUCAGCAGUUGCGGGUUUUGCUGGCCUAUAUGCUAAAGCUGCUAUUGGGCAGUACAUCAGCGAUCCUGCGAUGCGGAAUGAGGUGACUGCUAUUACUAUCUAUCGAGUCCUCGUAUCAGAGCUAGUAGUCAUUGCAGGAGUAGGCAUCGAGUCUAUGUCUGGUUCUUUUGGCGAAUUACUAGAAGAAGAACUUAUGCAGGAGGGAUUUAGUACCCUAGUUACUGGCAUGGGAAAAAUGUUAGGUGACACGGGGUUAAAGUUCUUGACUGAGAAAGAUAUGGAAAUAAUUACCAAAAUUCUCCUUGAUGCCAUUCGAAAUGGACUGUCAGAGGACGAUAUCAAACAUAAGUUCGAUGACUAUGAGAAUGACGGUGUGGACCUUUUGAAUCCCCCGCCACCGAAAGAUCCUGAACCAACCAGUCCCACUGGUUCUGAUGAUGAUGGCGAUGGAGGAAAAGCGGACCCGCAGGGUUCAGACGAUGACUCCGAUGCGUUUUCGGGAAUCGAUGACGGUGAUCUCCCUCCACCGGAGAAAGACCAUCAUCCUUUUGAUGAAGGGGAAGGUAAAAAUGACCCCUUCAAACGCCGCAAAGGAAGGAUAACAUACCUAUUUCCUGCUCAAAUGGCCGACUAUCAAGCUAUCAAACCCCCAGAUUCUCAUGUUUCCCAAGCUAUCGCCUUUCCGGACCAAACCUUGAGCGAAUUGAUGUUACGAUACUCAAUCUCGUAUUCUCUUCGCAAAGCACCGACAGCCGCAAUAGACCCUCCGCGGAUUACCAUGGCUCAGUCUCUCAUGUCCUCCACAAGCGGCCAAGCGGAAGAAUUCUUUCGCUUUAAGAGCGUCUCCCAAUCCCGGCGAGACUCCAGCAUUCAUUGCGGCGAGAGUGACGCCCAGAUGCCCCGGGUAAUCCCAAGAAGAUACAAUUCAACGGCGACUACGAACAUCUCGAAUGUUGUCACAUCCCUCCAGCGCCGUACUGGAGAAGAUCUGGGCACGAGUGCGUCUUCUAAGCUUCCGACAGUGACCUAUGCUACGAUCAUGGAGUGGAUCCGCUCUGAACGGAUGGGUCUUAUGCCUCCCGAGGGAAGUGACUACGACAAGGUUCUGGCCUGGGCGCAGCUUUUUGUUGGCCGACUCCACUCGUUCGACUUGGCAAUUGAACAGUUCGCCGGGGACAGCUAUCUGGCUGCCCAGGUUUCUUAUGGUUAUUGUGCCAUGUUGCUUGAGCUGGGGAAAGAAAACGCCGCAGCCUUGGUGGUUUCCUUUGGCUUUUUCCACAGCAUUUCCAUGCCACUCAUUAACCUUCUCGAAAGGACGGAACUCUUCAAUGUUACCCAGGAGAUCCAGGAGCAGCUCAUUCUGGCGCUAUCAGACCUGGUUACGCUCAUUGCGUGCGUGUCGACUUAUUUCCAUAAGGCAAUCCGCGGAUUAACCACCGCUUCGGUCUCUGUCAACAUUUAUCGGGCUUUUCCCAAUCAGAUCCAAAACUUCCACCAUCGCUGCGAGAAUAUUGUCGAAGCCAUGUGGAGACAUCAGCUCAUGAGAGAGAGUCUGGACGGAGAUAAAGUAUUUGAAGUCAAGGCCAUUCGGUCAUGGCUGGCCCCGGAAGACCGUGCUCUCAACCAUCUGGCUGACAACAGCUCCUACCUGGCUCAUGACCGCGAGGAAUUGACCUGUCUUUGGAUGGGCCAGUAUCUCACUCAAUUCCUGAAGAGCCAACAGAAGCAUCUCAGUAUCGCUGGCCCACCGGGCUCUGGCAAGACGGUGCUGGCUUCCGUAAUCGUCGAUUACCUCCAACAUUCUUGUGCGGGCGCGUCCUACCAGCCAUUGCUCGUUUCAAUUAAUGGGAGAAUCCCCGCUCAGACCAGUUAUCAUGCCAUUGCGAAAUCCAUUCUCCACCAGUUGUUCGAGAAGCGCAUCGGAAAUGUUCAUUUGUUCCGGAUCCUAAGUCAUGCGCUAUAUCAAAGCAGAGCAGCCACUGACCAUGGGACCUAUGAUGCUAUUCUCUGGGAUGCGAUUGACCAGGCUCUUCGCGCCGCUCUUCACGGCGCAAAAGAGUUGAUCCUCGUGGUCGACGGGGUCGAUGAGGCCACACGAGGUGAAGAUGUGCUAAUGCAGAGGCUAAUCCAGGCGACCUCUGAAGGUUCCCACACCAAGUUGAUCACUCUGGGCUCACAGACGCCUCCAGCCACGGCUGAACAGACUUCCGUUCGUAUCACGGACGAUAUCAUCUUUGAUGAUAUUGUCGCUGUGGUGCGGGGCAUUCUAGCAUCUAGCAAGGCCUACCUCGAGCUGCCCUCGAUCGAGCAAGAAACAACAUUAGAGCAUAUUGCCCAAGCAGCUAAGAGCUCAGUUCUGUGGGCGAAACUCGUCACCAAACGCAUCCGUGAUGAACAGAACGCAGACAGCUUCCGCAAGGUUCUUGGCCGUCUGCUGUCGGCCAAGUCCACCAUCACCGACCUUGUUCUUCAUACAGUACAGCAGAAAGAGGUCACCGCCGAGGCAAGGCUCAUGUUGCUUUGGCUGGCAACGGCUCAGCGGCCCUUGCACUUAAAGGAGCUGGCCGCACUGUCUUCCAUCGAGAUAGACGAACAAAAGAUCUCUGACAAAAUCGUGGAUACUUUACAUGUCCUGAAGCCGGUCAACUCGUUGGUGUAUCUACAGAAUGACUUUUUCUACCUCCGUCACGGUCUGAUUCGUGCAGCUCUUCUCGAAGCCUUUUCUCGGGGCAAGUUGAUCUCAGGGAUUGCGGAUCAACAUAUGAACCUGAUGAUUCGCCUCCUGAUCUACAUCAAAGCCAACGUCCCGGAUAGCCACGAGUUGUCAUCGGUGCCUUUCCUGGAUCAUCAUGACGCCAACGCCCUCCUAGAGAAGAACGCAUUGCUAGACUAUGCACUGCGCUACUGGGUGCCCCAUUUUCGAUGGACAGCUGACUUCCACACCCAGGAUGGCGAGAAGGCGGUGUCCAAGGAAGUUGCAAAAGUGCUACCCGGGUCGACGACCGUGAUUUUACUCCUGCGAUCAGUUUGGGAGAAUCUCCCAACGCCGGAACUGGUAACAUACCAGAACUUGGUCACCAACAUCUUCCGCCACACAAUGGGCACUGAGAGUGUGCCCACUCUUCAAGCCAUCAUCUCUUUGGCUACUGUGUACCGCCAGGUGAAAGGCCUUGAUGCAUACCCUCUGUUUUACGAGGCUGCCGUGCUCAGCCAGAAGUUGAUGACAACCCGCCAUGCUGUGACUAUGCAAAUGGCCUUAAUCUUCCUCGAGCUGACCUCACCAGAAGUCACCGAGGCUAAGACGGAUAUUAUGAUGAAGCGCGAGGAGAUGCUCCUCGUCUUAAUUGAAUGUUACAAGAUCCAUUACGGCCACUCGUCCGAGAAGGUUGUCGCGGUCAUGGAGCAGCUGGUCGAGCAUUACCGCUUAGUCAAGGAGGUUCACAAGGCUGAGACCUACGUUUCCAUGAUCCAAUCAACAACUUCCACUGAAUCUGGCGUUGUUGACAGUGUGUCUGGAUCUCUCCAGGUCCACCUUGUGGGUCAUAAACAGAAGACGGAUCAAGGAGCUUAUGUACUCUCCCUUGACAUCGAAGAAGAGGAUCAGUUGAUCAAAACGGACGAGUUGCACGAAGUCCAGGACUCGAUCAAGAUGGCCGAGAAGUACAUUAAGAGGGGGGACUUGGUAAUGGGGGAACGCGUCUAUGUUGAGCUCUGGCAACGAGUGACCCGGCAGUCCCGCAUCCACCGAUCUGCCGCGUGGGAAGGGAAGAAGAUGACAGUCAUCUUGGCGUACACCAACUUCCUGCGAAUGCAGAACCGGCUCUCCGAGGCUUCAUCAGUCUUGACCAGCUUCUGGCAGGACUGUGAGUAUACGAGCCUGACACUCUCGGAAUCAACGGUGACCCAUCUCCAGGAGAUUGCCCAAAUGAUGAGGACAGUUGGUCUAUCCACGACCGCACUAUCUGUCUUAAAGCAUUGCUCAGAGUACUAUCGCAACACACAGGGGACGGAGACAUCGGCCUACCAAGAAACCCGGGAGCUCAUUCAGACGAUCAGCAAGGAAGCGGUGCAGUCUGCUAGCUCGAGUUCGACAACAACGCUCUCCGAAACUAUUUUGGAAGAGAUGGUCAUCGAGAUGUCGACUUCCGUAAUUUCGGUAGAUAAAUCCUUUUAUAGCAGUGUGGAAACACUCGUGGACUUGUACGUCUCGCAGCGGCGCUGGCAGCAAGCGAUCAGCUUGAUUGAGAAGAUUCUGAGCAACACCUGGUCCUCAAUAUUUGUUACAACCUUGCAAGAUGUGACGCUUCCACACAAAAACGCCGACUCUGCGUUGGCACUCGCUGAGCGCCUCGCCCAGUGCUACCACUCUCGCUACCGCUUAAGCAAGGAACAGGAUAUUCGUCUGAGGAUCUAUUACGCUGUACGAUCAGGACUAAACAUGGAAGACAAACUGAGACAACACCACAUCACGGAGCUGCUGCUCCUUCUGGAACGAUCUUCACAGACUGAGGCAAUUAUCAGCGUCUACCAGGAGUUACUGGCCGACUAUACCAAAUACUACGGCUCUGACCAUAUCAUUGUCAUUCAAACUCUCCACAAACUGGCCGAGCUCACCCGACCUCGGCCAAUUUUUCUGGAUUACUACCAGCAAAUUAUCCAGGCCUUGAAUAAGGAUGGCAAGCAGUGCCACCCAGAUGCAUUGGAGCCGCUCAACAUAGUAACGAUGGAGCUUUGGACGCAGGGCCGCUAUUCGGAAGCCCUACACUACUGCACCAUACUCUACACGGCAUUUAUCCAGCAGCCUAAACUCAGUCCCAAGUUCCAGGAUCAGACCUUCGUGCGAGAGAUUAUCUCUCGCUAUACACAAUGCCUGCGGGCAGUGAGCACGGAGUACUCCGUGCUCCACAAGGUGACUGCGGAGUAUCAGACCAAGUGCAAAGCUGUGUUCGGCGCCACAGCAUCUAUCACCAUCCAGGCGACUUUAGCCCUGGCGCGUCUGUGCCAGGAAUCUAGACAUCACGAGAUUGAGGCUAUUCAGCUCUAUGAGGAGCUUCGCCAGAUUCGGUCCGAGGAGGUUGACGUGCAGGAGAUUUCCGCGGCGCUGGAUGCUCUAUAUGAAGAGCAAUACACGAGAAUUUCCUCCCAAGGAGCCUCUGAGUCUGUCUCCUCGGAGCAGACUAAACAGGUGAUCCAGGUACUGCGAAAGCGAGUUAGCACCCUACGGGAAACAUACGGCUGGGCGCAUGAGGAGAGCCUAGCCGCGAUGAAGGAAAUCGUCAACCUGCACUUCAAGCGAAACGAGACAGAGCUGGCGAUUCAGGAACUGCAGGAGGCUACAAGACAGGUCCUCUCUUCAGAGACUUCUGCGACAUGUUUAAGCUUCGCGGCGGAGACUAUUGUGUCUAGCUACAUUGCAGCUCACCAGAGGCAGAAGGCCGUUGACCUCUUAGAGGAAGUCUAUCGCCAGGUGAUGAUGAAGGAUAAUAUGAACGUCAAGUCGACACGCUUCGAUCUCACGUCGAGGAGUCGCGAGAGCCUCGUCUUUCUCGCUCAGCUGGAGCACCGUCUCCGCCGUCAGUCGUCGACCGUCACGGAGAUCCUCGCUUCCUUGACGACGGAGCUGGUUUAUUUUGAGGAGCUCCACCAGGGGAUUCGCUCAAAAAGUUCCUUCCUCUCCGUCAGCCAAUCAGCCGCCCGUCUGUAUCAAUUCCUGUUGAAGAACCGGCGGCACUCGAUUGCUGAUCUCGUGCUGAACGACUGCAUUAAGUAUUUCCUCACCACCGAAGGAAAACGCUGCGGCUUCAAGGCCUCCCCGGAAACAAACAGCUUCGUCACCAUGAUUCUGCACUACUUUAGCGAGCGACAAUCUACUGAUCUCGUCCGCUCGAUCGGUAUCGCCAGCAACAGCCAGGUCGCUAACCUGAUCAAAUCACAGCGGUAUGACGAGGCACACGAUCUGGCCCUCGCCUCGUUCAAAUACAUGUCGAACCAGGAAAGCUACCGCCGCAGCCCACAGAUCGCGCGGUUCGUCCUAGCUCUGGCCGUCAACGUCGCUGCCCACGAUGUCAGUCCUCAACCCGCGGAGGGCAUACGGAAAAAACUCCUCAGCGCUUCCGCAACAAUUGCCAAGGAUGUCCUCAAUGUUUUGUCACAGAUGAAUAUCAAUAUCUCCAAAGUCGGCCUCAAGCACCUCGACACUUUAAUCAGUGCCCUAGGUUCGCAGCAAGACUAUCAGACCCUAGCCACUGUUCUCACCUCCAUCUGGAACUCGCGCGAAGGGGAACGCGACUGGAAUGCCUACGUUACUCUAGCUCUGGGCCGUCUAGUGAUUAUGUCCAAGUAUCUGGUUGGUGAAAUCCCCGCCGCCGUCCGGCUAGCCGAAGAUAUCGUCUACAACUGCCGCCGCGUCCACGGAAGCCGGCACCCGUUUGCUCUUGAAAGCUCCAUCUUACUUUCACAGCUAUAUAUCGGGGCUGCUUCCCACUACCAAAUGCGCAAAGACGGCCACGAACUAGCAAAUCGGUACUACAAGCGUGCCGCGCAGUUACACGAGACCGCUCUCCAUGUCCUGGCGGACCCGACCUUUGCUGAGCUAGACGGCUCCCUAGAAGGUGAAACAAGCAUCAACGGCCGUGCUUUGGAAACAGAGUCCCCUGGUUCCGCUGAAGGUUCCAUGGACGCCUCCAUUACGGGCGACCACGUCCGCCACCACUUCAAUCUGUUGAAGCUCGCUCUUCAACGACUCGGUGCCUGGCCGAAGGAUUUCGCAGAGUACGAACGGUUGAAUGCGGAUUUGUACCAUGAGUAUCCAGAGGCGUUACGGGGGAUAAAGGGAGUCGAGAAAUGGAAUCUUAAGGCUUUUGGGGCUGGAAAAGCGGAGAGUGACGAGGAUCAGAUUGAUAUGGGGGGUAAGGAUUGGCAUUUUUGGGCGGAAAGAGGGAGACAUGGGGAGGGGAUGGGGGCUAUUGCGGCAUAG